GUAGCUACAAUAAAGGAGGGCGUAUCUCAAGGCUUGGGAAAUGGAGAGUGGAAAUCCUCCUGAUGAUAUAUUGCAGAGUGUUUCUGGCUAUGCUCCAACAGAUAAUCUGAUAGCUCCUCCAGUGCAGAACUUACCUCCAGCAGCUCCUUCUGCACCCCCAGCCCCUCCUAAACUUCCCACUCAUGUUAACGAGGAGCAAGCAAGAGCUGCUCUCCAGCACUUAGCUGGAGAGAACCUUUGCUGGGGGAGGAAGGCAGCAGAUGAAAUGGAUAUGACGUCUAUUACCCCAUCAUCAGCAUUUCACUAUAAAUUAGAGACUUUCACAGAGUCAAGGAAAACUAAAUGGGUUUUUGUUCCAUAUAACUUUACUGAUGUUGAUGGUCCUUUUAAUGGGCCAGCUCCUUUGCCUUGGAAUAUUCCUAUAAAUCCUGAUUCUUUAUUUGAGAACCACGAAAAAACUUGUCCGGUCCCACACACUGAGAAUGUUAAGCCUUGCAAGUUUUGCUCUGGAAUUGGAAGUAAAAAGUGCCUAAGAUGUGACGCAAAAGGAAAAAUCAGAUGUAGCCCAUGUAAUGGAAGUGGCUUUGUUGAUAAUCAGAGGUGCAUGGCAUGCAAUGGAGAUGGAAACCAAAGGUGUGCUGAUUGUCGCGGUGAUGGGCGCAUAAAAUGUGGCCCGUGUUCAGGAAAGGGACAGUUGAAAUGGUUCAUUAAGUUGACAGUAUCAUGGCAGACUCACAUAGGUGAUCAUAUAAUUGAGAAUACAGGGCUACCUGAUAGCCUCAUUCGAGGUGCUGAAGGUGAAGUACCUUUUUCAGACAUGCAAAUAAUGGUUCCACCAGUUAGUCAUUUCCCUGUCAAUGAGAUCAAUGCGGCAUCAAUGUCAUUAGUUAGCCAGCAUGCUACUGGAUUCCCUAAUGAAAGGAUAAUCAAGCAGCGUCAUCAAGUCCGUGUUAUCCCAGUGUCAGAAAUACAAGGAGAAUAUAAAGGACAGCUCUGCACAUUUUGGGUUUAUGGAACAAACAACUUAGCGUAUGCUCCUGAUUAUCCUCAAAAGUGUUGCUGUGGCUGUAACAUACUGUAAUACAGUAAUUAGAGUCUGCUGACUUACCUUAACCAUAAAGAUAUACUAUCCCUUAAUUUGAUUGACACAUAGUGAUUAAUGCACUCAUGCAUUUAAUCAUACACACAGAUCCACUUACUGCUGCUUUUAAAAAGUAAAAGGUUUAUUUAUAUACAUACUACCAAUUCCUAA